GCAUAUGACUUGUCGGCGAUGCAGCAUAAAUUGAAUGGCGUUACUGAAGCCAUAAGCCCGUUUGAGCAAUUUUUUUCCUGCCUCAGCCAUAUUUAAUUCCAUGUCAUGCAGAAAGUCACUGGAUAGGUCAAAUCCUGAUGACUAAAAGUGGACAGUUAGGUUCAUCUGAAGCCAUGUUCUGUCAAUUUAGGGCGUAAUCGCUUGGAAACUUCAUUAUGCCUCUUUUCUGAGAUUUUUUUAAUGGUUAUGAAAUUGUAUAAAAGGCUGCUGAAAUGCAAUGAUCUGCAUAUUCCAAUCAGUUUGCACAAUGCAUUCAAGUGGAAAUUGCCAGGGAAGCUCUGUGUGCAAGAUGAAACAUCUGUUUUGUGCAUUACAUCUAGUAUAUCUCUGCUGCACCAUUGCUGCAUCUCCUAUUAAAAAUGGUUUGCUGAAGAAUGGAAACUUUGAGGAGGCCCCAAAGCCAUCCUUAUUAAAGGGAACAGAGAUCAAGGGACUGAACUCACUGCCCUUUUGGCAAAUCAAGGGUUUUGUUGAAUACAUAACAAGUGGGCACCACCAGGGCGAUAUGUUGGUGGUAGUCCCGCAGGGGAAUCAUGCUGCAAGACUGGGGAACGAGGCACAGAUAAGCCAGACGGUAGAGGUGAAGAAGGGAUCCUUCUAUUCCCUCACAUUUAGUGUAGCUCGAACCUGCGCCCAACAGGAAACUUUGAAUGUCUCUGUUCCGCCGGAGGACGGGGAGCUGCCAAUGCAGACCCUGUACAGCAGUACUGGGUGGGAUUCGUACGCUUGGGGUUUCCAGGCAGCUUCCAACAUGGCGCAAAUCAUUUUUCACAACCCGGGCGUGGUGGAUGAUCCCGCCUGUGGCCCUCUCAUUGAUGCAAUCGCCAUUAAGGAGCUGAAUCUACCCCGACGUCUUAAGGGUAAUUUGAUAAAAAAUGGGGAUUUUGAAGAAGGGCCUCUGGUGUUCCGCAGCUCUGCUUAUGGAGUUCUGCUGCCUCCCAACAUAGACGAUGACAACUCCCCUCUUCCGGGCUGGAUAAUCGAUUCUCUCAAGUCCGUCAAAUACAUCGAUGCUCUGCACUAUGCAGUACCACAGGGCAGAAGAGCCGUGGAACUCCUGGCGGGCAAAGAGAGCUCCAUUUCCCAGACUGUGCCAACAACUGUGGGGAAAACUUAUCUACUGAGCUUUAUGGUCGGAGAUGGAAGCAAUACUUGCAGUGGAUCAAUGAUUGUGGAGGCUUUUGCAGCAAGGGAGACUGUGAAAGUGCCGUAUGAAUCCAAGGGCACAGGAGGCUUCAAAACUGCCCAACUCGCCUUCAAAGCAGUUUCUGCAAAAACUCGGAUCGUGUUCUACAGUACAUUUUAUCAUGUGAGGAGUGAUGAUAUGAGUUCACUGUGUGGGCCAGUUAUUGACGAUGUUAAGUUGGUUCUCCAUUAAAUUUAUGUUGAUUGUGCUUCCAUUGCUUUGCUCUGCUGGUAUUCUGAUCAGAAGCGCUUCUAUGAGGUAUAUGGGAGUAACCGAAUCGCUUAUCAUUUAAAUAUGUUUGCUAAAAUGAAGUCCAUUGACUGUAAUAGCAUCAUAAAAACAGCAGGAUUCAGCACCCUGUUAUAGGCUAUCGAACCAGGCCAGCCAGUCAUAUAUGUAUUCUAUAAAU